CAAUGGCCUUAACCCCAAAGGACACUGCAACGAUGACUUGACUUUUUGCAUCUGGGAAGACUCCAAAGUCCCUUCACUUCGGAAGACUCACCACCACCAUCGAAGACGCCAAAUAUAAGACCAUAACGUAGGAAGAUGUCACAUUACUCUUUACAAUUCCACCUCCAUCACCUCCAACAGCAUUGAAAAUGUCGACUCCUGGAGAAUACUAUCGGUCCUUACCACCUGUGAGCAAGGCAUAUGGGGUGGCUUGCUUAAUGACCACAGCUGCCUAUUAUCUUGGUCUUUACCAAGCCAGUUCUAUAGCACUUUUCUAUGAUGAUGUAAUCAAACGUUUUCAGGUUUGGAGGCUAAUUACUAAUUUUUUCUUUCUGGGGCCAUUUUCAUUUCCAUUUGCAUUUCGGCUUAUAAUUAUAGCAAGAUAUGGUGUUCAACUGGAGAGAGGACCAUUUGACAAAAGAACAGCAGAUUUUGUGUGGAUGUUCUUCUUUGGGGCACUGUCACUUCUGGUGAUGGCUGCUGUUCCCUUUCUUUGGUCUGGAUUUAUGGGAGUUUCUCUGGUUUUCAUGAUAGUCUACAUCUGGGGACGUGAGUUUCCAAAUGCUCAAGUCAGCAUUUAUGGUCUGGUGUCCCUAAAGGGAUUCUAUCUACCCUGGGCAAUGCUAGCAUUGGAUUUGAUUUUUGGCAAUCCACUAAUGCCUGAUAUUCUUGGAAUGGUUGCUGGACAUCUCUAUUACUUCCUUACUGUGCUUCAUCCACUCUCUGGUGGAAAAUUCAUUUUCAAGACCCCUAUUUGGGUUCACAAACUGGUAGCAUUCUGGGGCGAGGGGACACAAGUAAAUGCCCCAGUGCAGCGUGAUCCAUCUGCAGGGACUGCUUUUCGUGGAAGGAGCUAUCGUCUCAAUGGCACCCGGAAUAACUCUGCUGGGCAAGCACAAAAAAACCCUCAAACACAGCAGCCUGAUUCAAAUAACGGAGUGGCUUUUCGAGGAAGAGGCUAUCGUCUCGGUGGCCAGUAGCUAGUAUGCUUCUUGUUUUUUCUGGCCCUUCAAAUUACUUGAUAAUUAUCGAAGCCAGGUUUCUCUUUGCAGUUGCUUUUGGUAUUGCAUAUGGCGCCAGUCAGGCUGUUUGUAACCAAGACAAGUGAGAUUCUAUCUAUUGACAAAUUGCGAAUCCUUGAA